CCAAAAUGGGUAAACAAAGGCCCUUUCAAAGGAAGAUAUGUAAAAAUGAAGGAAAAGGAAGCUGAUUUUUGGAGAUCCUUCGUUGACAGAUACUUAAAACCUUUAGAAAGAGACCCUGCAAAAGAAGACAAAGUAAAGGAACAAUUGAGGGAGUUGAGAAAUAAUGUUUGUGGAGGGAUGGCUCUUGUUAACCUACUUUGGAUUGCUGUGAACUUCAUGUUUCAGUUACGGAGUCCUGCAGUGGUUACUUUUAAACUCCCAAUAAACAGUGAGGAUGACGAAGUCGAGAAUUACGAGAUGAGAAUCGAAUUUCUGGGUCUGCUGUUUAUUGGGUUUUUCCUUAUCAUUCUUAUGAUACAGUUUUGCGGCAUGGUUAUGCACAGAUGGGGUACAUUUUUGCAUCUUGUUGCCAUCACAGAACUUCCAAAUCCUUUCAAAAGACAAAUGAAACCAGAUCUUCAUUCCAAUAUUUUUGAAACUUAUGAGCUCGCAAAAGAGGAAAAUCAGGAAAUGCAAGAAAUUCCAGAAUAUGAUAGACAGGAGGAGGAAAACGAAUAUUUAGAACAAUUUGAACAUCUUACAAGAAACAG